AUGGAUACCCCCGCUGUACCUCUGCCGCAGGAUGCUCGGGAACAGGCGAUCCUGGACAGCCUUGUUGUCGUCCGCGACAAGCUCCUGCUCCUGAAGCAGGACCGUACCACAUAUAUCCGAAGCCAAGAUAUUCUCCCUCUCUAUGAAGAGACAAUCACAAGGGUAAAAGAGCUCAACGACAUCCGUACUGAGACGGGGAGCAAGGAAGAAAAUCGACUUGACAAGGUCUUGGAGAGCUGCUUCCAACUGCUGUCUCUAUUCUACCUUACUAUCGGACGUAACAACGAGAUCCCCGCAAACUACGCAUUAACAUCGACUAUCAAAAGACUGCUGGACCACUUGACCGAGGCUGAUCUUUAUUCGGCCAAGGAUCUCGGGAGCAUCAAGGCGACGCUGGCAAACCUUUCUUUAAGCAUAAGCCAGGCAAAGACCCGCGACAACAACACUGAGAACUAUCCAUAUCUCCUCGAGCUCCUAUCAAAGCGAGUGGAGAAGUGCCAGGCUACAUUAGAGAACCUCCAAAAGCGAUUAGGACGCAUCGGAGAGCCUCUGCUUGCAACGCAUGAGAAGUUGAUUUCUAUCAUACGAUGCAUUUCAUUGGCAAAUACAAAGGCCAAGUUCUCGAGCAACGAAGUUCAGAAGUUUCAAAAGCAACUCCUCGAUAUUGGAGAGAAGCGAAAAGAUGGCCAAUUCGUCGCCGAAGACGGAUCUGUUCCCCCAGGUUCUGUGGAGACUGGAGAGCUCUAUCAGCGUUGCCUCAAGUGGUCGGAGAUAGUAUUGGAGAGACAAGGAGUCAUGCCAGAGCCAUUCCGCCCAACCUACAACACCCUGGUCGGUAUUCGCAAUGAGCUGGAGAAGCUAUCAUUGACACAAGCAUGGGCCCUGCGCGAGACAGAUCUAUAUGACUUCCAACGUCAACUUGAUAAAAUUGACGAAAGCCGGCAGAACGGAAAUUUCUACGAUGACAGAGGCAGACCAGCCGAUCUCUACACGCAGCGAACGAUGCUGUAUCUGAUAAGACGAAGCUACGCCUACAUUUACUCUUUCAUCCUAGCCUCAGAGCCGGUUUCUGAGGCACUUUUACCCAUCUAUAACCAGCUCCAAACUCUCAAGAGAUGUCUCGUCGAGGUCAGGGACAGUGGCGGCGUCUCUUCAGUCAGAGAGCUGUAUCCUUACAGCAUGAAGCUCAACUCUCUUGAUAACCUCAGGGUGGACGGCAAGUUUGUUGUUAAUGGCGAUAUCCCCGAAGGUCAAGGCAGUGUCAGUGAGCUCCUUGCCGAGUGCUUUGAUCUCAGCUACGAUUUGAGAGUUGCAGCAGAAGAGGCAACAGCGGCCUCUGUUGAUGGCAAUUGA